CAGCCCGCGGAAUGGAGCAGCGCCGGGGCUGAGCCGGGCGCGCACGGGCGACCGCAUGUGCUGCGCGGGGAGCAGCUGCCAGGCGGGCGGACAGCGAGCGCCAGAGGCCCCGUCGGAGCCGCCGCGGGCGAGGGAGAGCGCCGGAGAUGGGAGAACAGCCCAUAUUCACCACACGCGCGCACGUCUUCCAGAUUGACCCCAACACCAAGAAGAACUGGGUGCCUGCGAGCAAGCAGGCUGUCACCGUCUCCUACUUCUACGAUGUCAUCAGGAACAGCUAUCGGAUCAUCAGUGUGGAUGGAGCCAAGGUGAUUAUAAACAGCACAAUCACGCCCAACAUGACUUUCACCAAAACGUCGCAGAAGUUCGGGCAGUGGGCCGACAGCAGAGCCAACACGGUGUUUGGUUUGGGGUUUUCGUCGGAGCAGCAGCUGACGAAGUUCGCAGAGAAGUUCCAGGAGGUGAAAGAAGCCGCCAGACUCGCCCGAGACAAGUCGCAGGAGAAAAUCGAGACGUCAAGUAACCAUUCCCAAGAAUCUGGGUGUGAAACCCCAUCUUCUGCUCAGGCAUCCAGUGUCAACGGGACGGACGAUGAAAAGGCGUCUCACGCCAGCCCCGUGGACACCCACCUCAAGUCUGAGAACAACAAGCUGAAGAUCGCGCUGACGCAGAGCGCCGCCAACGUGAAGAAAUGGGAGAUCGAGCUGCAGACCCUGCGGGAGAGCAACGCCCGGCUGACCACGGCGCUGCAGGAGUCCGCCACCAGCGUGGAGCAGUGGAAGAGGCAGUUCUCCAUCUGCCGCGACGAGAAUGACCGGCUGCGGCACAAGAUUGACGAGCUGGAAGAACAGUGCAGUGAGAUCAACAGGGAGAAGGAGAAGAACACGCAGCUGAAGCGGAGGAUCGAGGAGCUGGAGUCCGAACUCCGAGAGAAGGAGACGGAGUUGAAAGAUCUCCGAAAACAGAGUGAAAUCAUACCUCAGCUCAUGUCAGAGUGCGAAUACGUCUCUGAGAAGUUAGAGGCCGCGGAGAAAGACAAUCAAAACUUAGAGGACAAAGUGCGUUCGCUGAAGAUGGACAUUGAGGAGAGCAAAUACCGACAGCGCCACCUCAAGGUGGAGUUGAAGAACUUCUUGGAGGUGCUGGACGGGAAGAUCGACGACCUGCACGACUUCCGCCGCGGCCUCUCCAAGCUGGGCACCGACAACUAGGGCGCGGCCGGCCCCGCGGGAGCCACAGGUGUGUGCGAGGCGGCCGGGCCAGGACGUCCGUCCCGCUGCGGGGGUUGCUCUGUCCAUGCAGGUUCCAGACCUCCGUGCCGCCUGGCCUCCGGGAUCGCAGUCUCCUCUCGCUUCUCUGGCCUUUCGAGGUUGCGGGCCACUGGAAGAUUCUGACUCAGGAAUCUAGACUAGGUCUACCUUACGUUUACGCAGUCAGGGCAGGGAUGUUUAUAUCUUUCUUAAGGGUUGUUGCAGCCACAUGAGCUGAAAUGAGUUUUCUAAUCCAAACGUGAGUAUCCAUCACACCUCCUUUUUUUUCUUUUGAACGGCAUUCGGAGUAUCUGAAUGUCCCCCAGGUGCCCCAGGGUGGCCGUGGAGGUAAAAGCUCCCUCCCUGUAGCUGCCCAGAUGCGGUAGAGCAGCUGCUUGUCCGGAGAAAGGAGACAGGCUUCGGGAGGUGCCUCUCUGGCCCGGGGACCCCUGACCCCCGACCCCUCAUCCCGCCCCAGUUGUGAGGCUGCGACCACACUCCUUUCCUUGGUUUUCGUUUCUGAGCAGAUCGCUGUGCCCUGGGGACAGCAUGCAGUGAGGGCGCCUCGCACAGUGCCUGGCACACAGUAGGUGCUUAAUAAAUACUUGUUCAAUGAAACACA